AUGCCACUCGGCAUCUAUCUUGAUACUCCACAAGGUCGCAAACCAGCGACAUUACCAACUCAUUUCAAUCUCCAUGAUUUUCAAAGUCUCAUACGAAAAAAAGUUGGAAAUCCCGAACAUUAUGAUUAUUCGUUAGGUGGCGUCAUUUUUCGAACAUGGAGUGAAGAAGUUUUCAAUCGACAACGAAGUGCCAUCCAUGACGGGAUUACUCUUUCGAUUGAAUACCCUCCCGUGCUGCUAGAUACAUCAUCGUCCGCAGAUGGUUCCGCGUGGAGACGAGCAUCGCCUGGUCUUUGUCUCGAAGGUGUUUGUCUGAAUGUGAAAUGUUCAGCGUUCGAGCACAAAGUUAUAAUCAAUCAAGGUGUUGGCCAAUUUCCUAUCAUUACUGAUUCUGUAGUUAGCGAAUCUCGUUGUCCAUUGUGCGAGUCAAUUGUUCAACCGACGACAUGUGCAUUUAAUCGAUGUUCAUGGCGAUUGAUUGGUACUAAACAAGGUCAACCGUCGUCUCCUGUCACUGCUGAAUGGCAUGACACAAAAGACGAUUAUUAUCGAUGGGUCGACGAAUUUUCAUCAUGGUCUCAAUUGACAAUCGAAACGCGAAAAUAG